GUCCAUCCGUCUUUAUUUAAAGGCUUUCAUCGGCGCCUUCUCCAUUUCGCGGUUUCUUGAGCGCGGGAAUUUACUCAACCAGUGUGGACAGGGAUUUGAAUCCCAUAGGAAGACGACGGCGAGGUCCUCGAUUAUCCAUGGAGUAGUGUUGCUACUGUUAUCAGUCGUUAUGCGUAGGGUUUUCUGAUACCACACGAGAAGGCAAUGACGAGGUCUCUGACGAUCCAUGGAGUCAUUUCUUGGUGACUGCAUCUGGUUGUGCAUAGGCAUUUGAAGCCCUACGGGAAGACGAUGACGAGGUCUAAGCUCUCACGACCUGGCCCCCAGGGGACUCACAGUCAACCGGCUGCGGGGAUCGUCUCGAGGAUACGGCUUGAAAAUUUUAUGUGCCACAGCAACAUAGAGAUUGAGUUCGGUGAUUGGGUGAAUUUUAUAACAGGACAGAAUGGAAGUGGGAAGAGUGCAAUAUUGACGGCAUUAUGCAUAGCCUUUGGCAUUAGAGCCAGGUCUACACAACGAGCUGCUUCGUUGAAGGAUUUUAUAAAGAACGGUUGCAGUUAUGCCCUUGUGGUGGUUGAGAUAAAAAACAAAGGAGAAGAUGCCUUCAAGAAAGACAUUUAUGGAGAUCAUAUAGUUUUAGAGCGUAGAAUAACUGAAUCUACAAGCACCACUACCUUAAAGGACUGUCAAGGAAGAAAAGUUUCUCAAAAGAAGGAUGAUCUUCGUGAGCUUAUAGAACAUUUUAAUAUUGACGUGGAAAAUCCAUGUGUUAUCAUGAGCCAAGAUAGGAGUAGAGAAUUCUUGCAUUCAGGAAAUGAUAAGGAAAAAUUCAAGUUCUUUUUCAAGGCAACCCUCUUACAACAAGUGAGCGAGCUAUUACAAAGCAUCAAGGGACAGUUAGAUGCUGCAUAUGCAAUUGUUGAUGAUCUAGAAUCAUCUAUAAGGCCCAUAUUAAAGGAACUAGAAGAAUUACAAGAAAAGAUUAAGAGUAUGGAACAUGUUGAAGAAAUUUCACGUCAAGUACAACAGUUGAAAAAGAAACUUGCUUGGUCUUGGGUAUAUGAUGUUGAUCGCCAAAUUGAGGAUCUUGCUUUGAAGAUUGAAAAGCUAAAGGGUCGCAUUCCUACAUGCCAAGCAAAAAUCGACCGCCAAGUGGUCAAAGUAGAUGAACUGAACACCCGCCUUCUCGAAAAUAAGGAAAAUAUUGCUGGUAUGAUGGAAAAGACAGUACAAGUGAGGAAACUGAAGGAUGAACUGCAGCAGAACCUCUCUCAGGCUACCAGGGUGAAACUUGAACUGGAUCAAGAAAUUACCCGGAGAACUGGCCUAAUUCAGAUGUUAAUGCGUCGUUUUGACCGACUGACUAGACAGAUUGAAGAAAUUCAGGACCAACACAUAAAGAGCACGCAGGCUGAAGAAUCGGAGAUGGAAGAACAACUUAUUAUACUCCAAUCUGAGGUGGACUCUGUGACUUCAGAUCUUGAAAGGCUUAAGGGUGAAGAGAACGUCUUGUUCAACAAUGUAUCAACCACGAAGGAUGCUUUAAAUGAAAUCAUCCGAGAGAUUGAAGAAAAUGAAAGGAAAAAACAUGAUAUAAGUUCUCACGUCCGUUCCCUUCAGCAACAAAUUACUAAUAAGGUAACAGCUUUUGGUGGUGAUAAAGUACUCAAUCUGCUUCGCACUAUAGAGAGGCAUCACAGAAGAUUUAGAAAGGCUCCAAUUGGACCCAUUGGGGCCCAUGUGGCCUUGUUGAGAGAUGACGUUUGGGCUCUGGCUAUAGAACAUGCUAUUGGGAAGUUACUAAAUGCAUUUAUCGUGACAAACCAUAAAGAUUCUCUUAUUCUUCGUGAAUGUGCCAAAGAAGCAUACUACUCCAACCUUCAAAUUAUCAUUUAUGAUUUUGAUAGGCCCCUGUUGAAUAUUCCAAAUAACAUGCUUCCCCAGACCAAUCAUCCAACCACUAUAUCCGUCAUCCACACAGAAAUUCCAACCAUAAUAAAUGUUUUGGUGGACCAGGGUAAUGCAGAAAGACAAGUGCUUGUUCAAGACUAUGAAAUGGGAAAAUCAGUUGCAUUUGGGCAGAAGAUUCCAAACCUCAAAGAAGUUUAUACAGUGGAGGGUUAUAGAAUGUUUCAAAGAGGCUCAGUUGAGACUACUCUUCCUCCAAACAAGAGGAUAAGGACAGGCCGUUUAUGUGGUUCAGUUGAUGAGCAAAUCAAAGAAUUGGAGAAAGAAGCUUCAAGAGUUUCUGAACAUAUUCGAUGUGGACAGAAAAGAAAAAUAGAUAUUGAGAAAGUACUGAAGGAGUUUGAUGGACAAAUACAGCAUAUAAAGAGGCAACGCUUGGAUACAGAAAGGUUUCUUGCUUCCAAGAAUCUGAAGCUGCGGGAGUUGAAGAAUGUGUCUCAAGCAGAUGUUGAUUCUGAACAUGCACCAAAUGUUGAUGAACUUCAUAAAGAAAUCGAAAAAGUGAAAGAUGAAAUACAUGAAAAGGAGACUGAGGUAGAGAAAUUACGUGCAAGGUUGUCUGAGGCCCAGGAAAAGGCCAGUGAAUUUCGACAAUCAUUUGAGAACCUUUGUGAGUCUGUGAAAGGGGAAAUGGAUGCAUUUGCAGAAGCUGAACGUAAGAUAGUGUUGAUUGAAGAUGAUCUGCACUCAGCACAAAAGGAAAAGGCACAUUAUGAAGGAAUUAUGCAGCAAAAGGUUCUUCCCGAUAUCAAAGAGGCAGAAACACUGUGUGAACAAUUGAAGCUAAAACGUGAGGAGAGCUACAAAAAAGCUUCCAUAAUUUGUCUUGAGAGUGAGUUGGAAUCUUUGGGCGGCUGCAAACACAGUACUCCUGAACAAUUAAGUGCCCAUCUAAAUCGGUUGAAAGACAGAUUUGACCGUGAAAGCAAAAGAUUUGAUGAAACAAUUGAUGAUCUUCGAAUGAUGUAUGAGGUGAAAGAGAGAAAAGUUUUACAUAAAAGACAAGUGUAUGCAGAUUUCCAUGGGAAGCUAAAUGCAUGCCAGAAAGCACUUGAAAUGCGUUGGAACAAAUUUGAAAGAAACGCAAUUCUUUUGAAGCGGCAACUAACUUGGCAGUUUAAUGGACAUUUGAGGAAAAAAGGUUUCAGUGGCCACAUUAAAGUUAAUUAUGAGGAGAAAAGCCUGUCCAUAGAGGUAAAGAUGCCACAGGAUGCUUCAGGGCGCAGUGUUCAAGAUACAAGAGGGCUUUCAGGUGGGGAGCGUUCCUUCUCUACCUUGUGCUUUGCAUUAGCUCUUCAUGAAAUGACAGAAGCACCAUUUAGAGCCAUGGAUGAGUUCGAUGUAUUUAUGGAUGCUGUUAGCCGAAAGAUCAGUCUAGAUACUUUAGUCGAAUUUGCUGUGGCUCAAGGAUCACAAUGGAUUUUUAUUAGUCCCCAUGAUAUCAGCAUGGUCAAGGCCGGCGAGCGGGUGAAGAAGCAACAAAUGGCAGCUCCUCGUUCUUGAUUGCUUGUGAAAUCCGUUGGUCUUCACAUUGGGAGACAUGCAAUAUGUGCUCCACAAGAAAUUUGGAUGAAGUCAUCCAAGCGCCCAGAUCUCUUUUUUUCUUGCGAAGAAAGAGCGGAAAAGGAGGACGAGUGACUAUGUUAUUACAGUGACCGUAUCUUUUGCAAAAAGGUGUAAACUUGAAUCAUCGGUUGAGGCCAUCCAAGAUUUUAUUUUUACCCACUUGAAUCAGCCGAUUUGAAUUGAAUCAGUGGAAAACUAAUUCAAUGUGCUGGUGGAUUCAA